AUGGAGCGUUUUAAUCGCUUUCUGGUUCCAGACAGUGACUCGGACAGCGCUGAGGAGGCGACGCUGCGCGCGAACCAGUCCGGCAAUGCGGCCGACGGCUCCUUGCUGGGCUCCGCAGCACACGAGGGUACAAACAAGGAUAGCCUUCACUCUUCGCAGCGUAGCGCUGAAAAUCCUGCUCCAGCUGCAGAGCAUCCAGCAGAUCCGCCGUCGUCGCAUCACUCAGCCGAUGGCAAUGCCGUGGAGAGGUCAGCACCUGGCUCUCAGGAACGGGGGAGCGGUGCUGAUGGGCAGUCUGUCGUUUCCGUGUCUGAGAACGCCGUGAAUAUCAACUCUGCCGGUACUGGCGCGACGCCUGCGCCUGUGGAAGCGGCCCCUUCUGACCUGCCCGACCAUCGCGGGGAUGUGAUGCCGCCUCCUGCAGCCUCUGCAAGUGUCUCACCGUCGACGGCUCUCUCGGAAAAGCGCAUCCCGACUGCCUCCCCCGGCGCUCGCGUUGCGGCUAUGAAGGAGAAGGAAGCUCAACAGAACGUGGAGACACCCAGUCUUCCACGAGCCCCUACUAGUUCCCAUGCAUCUGCCGAGCCUGCUCCUCACCAUGAUGCGAGUUCAGAUGCGAGGAAUCGCCCAGGUGCCUCAGGCACCUCUUCGCAGAUGGCGGCGGCGACGACUGCGGUCAAUGCUGUGGCUGGUGCUACUGCGGCUUCUGGCGCAGCUCCCGCAGCACAGGUAGCACCGCUUUCCUCCACUGCAGCCACUCCGGAAAGGGCAGCUGCUAAUGCCGGGCCGCGCGAUUCGGUCGAGUCGCCCCCCGCCACCAACGCCCACCCACCCGAGGAAGAGGCGGUGGCCUCAGCGAAAAAGAAAAAGUCCAUCUUCUCUAGGUUCUUCUCCUUCUGCAAGAAAAAGCUUUGCACCUGCUGUGGACUCUGCUCCUGCUGCACGCAGGAGGAGGCGGUGUCGACGGCGUCGAGGAACAGCGAAGCGCAAUCAGAGCGGGCGUCGGCGAGAGAAGCGGUGUCCAACACCGAGGCGCAGGUUACACCCGAGGAUAUCGCCGCAGCAGAGCCAAACGCGAGUCCCUCGGAGCAAGCGCUGAGCAUUCCCGUCGCGACCCGCACCGCCUCCAAGCACUCGUCAGCACGGUCGAGCAAGGCAAACGCUGCAGAGUUGCAGGAGGAGCAAGCCGCGGGAGAGGAGGCUGAGUUGGCUCAACCUAAGGAGGAGACCCCUGCAGCCACGCCUGCUAGGCACUCAGCUUCCGACACUGCGCCUCCACCCAACGAAACGUCCAACGGGCCGCCUGGCGCCGCUGAUGCCAAUGCUGACGCUGCGAAGGACGGGGGUGCCUCGGCACACUCGGCGUUGUCAGGAUCUCGUGUCUCGCAGGGCCCAGAUGCGGCUCACGAAGGGUCAGGCGAGUCGGCGGUGGCGCCCAAAGGAUCGGGAAAAGCUCAGAAGCCAACAACCAAGGGGCACUCUGGGAAGAGCGCCAAAUCGGCGGACCUGGACGAGGCAUCUGGCAGCGACGAGGACACGCAGCGGUCUGCUCACAGUGUAGAGGCUGAGAUGGCGAAAACGUCCGCGACCCACCGUGCUUCUCACGGCAGAAGGAAGAAGAAGGUGUCGGCACCGACGACUUCUGCCCCGGCUGGCAAGGGUAAGCGGUCAUCAAGGCACUCGCACGCUGCUGCUGCCGCAGGGCAGUCUUCCGGGUUGCAUAGCCCCAUACACGACGACGAUGAGAGCUAUAGCGGCUCCGGCUCCUACUCGUACGGGUACUCAGAUAGCCGAACUUCGAAUUACGCUGCCGCAUCAAGCCCGACAUCCUCGAGCAUUGCUGCAGCGCAGGAACCGGUUGGCUCGGAUGACUCGCUGCGACGAUCUGCAGUGCGCGGUGCCUAUGACACGUCCUGUGCCUCUAAGUGGGAUCCGAAGGCGAUUAGCGUUCUCCUGCAGGACGAGGAGCCCCUCCCAUCCAUGCCAGCGUAUCGGCGGCGCAUUCUUCUGGACUUGCGUGCGCGGGAGCGGCGUGACGCUGAGGAAGCGGCGAGGGAGUGGCGCGAACUCACUUUCCGACCUCAAAUACACAACAAUCCGUUUAGCAACUACAACGAUGCGUCGCCGGCCGUGAUGACGGACCGCAGUCACUCGCCCUUCAGUGGGGCACGCGGGUUUUCUGUGUAUUCCCCAGCAUCCGGAUUCUCGGAGCUCUCCCCGGGCCGCUACCAGAUUCACCGCAUGUCUCCGCGCCUGCUGGAGCCGCGUUGCGCGCCGCAGCAGCCCGCGCCGCCACCAUUUAAACCUGUCAUCUCCCACUACGCCAAGAAUAAAGUGAAACCGGGGCUCAGUGUCUUCAAGCGUCUGUACAAGCCCCGCAGCUCCUCACAGCCAGUGCCGAGCGGCGACUACACCCACAGGCCGGCGAUAUCGAAUAUGGCGCGUCAGCUGUACUCGCCUGGCCGCGGCGACCGCCUUCAGCACCACUCCUCCGAGGACGACAUCGCAACACCGCGGCGCAGGUCAGUAUUCGACCGCCUCUACCGCAUGCGCCGGUCCUCUGGCCCCAGCCCUACCACAUCUCCUUCCCGCGAUGCCACCGGGAGGCUGUCCUUUCAGCCCCAGAUCACUGACAUGGCACGUCACCAGUUCGCGUUGCUGCCGAAGGAGUCGUUUGGUGACCGCCUGUACCGCAACGAUCGGUCACCGCGGCGCGAUAUUCAUGCCCCAUUUCACGCGCAGGAGAACUUCAGCGGCGACUGUGGCUCCGAGCAUGUGAUGACGAAUGACUCAAACAGCGAUCACUCGUCCUCGUUGUCGCAGUCUUCCUUUGAUGAGGUGAGGGACACGCCGACUGCUUCGACAGAUAUCGAUCGCCGCUCCUCCGAGAGCCAAGUUGUCGUAGAGACGGUGUAG